GAGGAACCAAGCACACCUUUCGGUACACUUUGGUGGGGGCUCAACGCGAGCUUCCACUACUGAAGGGAUCGCUGGCUCCAGCUUGGGAAAUGCUAUCGAGAUGGGAAGCUGUGGAACCGGUCGUGCACCGGACGCCGUUGCCUGAACCGCUGCUCAAAGCGAUGGUCACUCUGAGCUGGCGCAAGGGUUUCAGGCGGGCGUGUUCGCUCCUGGCGUCUUACGGGAUGGCCCGUGUGCGCGAAGUUCUGAAGAGCCGGCACGAGCACUUGAUGCUUCCCGCGGACAUGUUCUACAACGUGGGGGCCGUCUUCUUACGCCUGGAGGCUUCCAAGACUUCGCUCAUUGGAAGGCCGAAAGUACAGCACAUUCGGGUGGACGACGAGGAUGCCAUCGCCCUGAUCGUCAUCGCUUUUGGCGGUCUUGGUUUGCGCGGCGGUGGUUCCGUCGCGGCCUACCACCGCGGAGGUGCCAUCACAGACAUUCAGUGGAAACUUCCUCUCAAACACAGGGGCACCUUCGAGCACUACCUCCAGGAGGUGGCAGCCGUGGCUGCUUUGGAUAGCGCCUCGGAGGACUCGAAGCUUCUGAUUCGCUUUGCUCUAUCAGCUCUUAGAGCUGUGUUGAUAUCCAGCGCGAUGGUCGUGUUGACGUGCCGCUGGUGGCUCGCGGUGGGCAGCUUGGCCACCGCCGUCGCCUUCAAGGUUGCCGAAGCAUCAAUGGAGAUCGUCAAAACCGACAACGAGACCCUCAAGAAGGAAGUGGAGGGGAUCGCGGCGAAGAACAUGGAGGCAGAGUUCAAGGAAAUGAAUGACAUCCCGAAUCCUGCGAACUUCACGCUGAACGGAAGCAUGCCAAAUGCCUCCCAGGGUGUCUGGGCCGAUCAGCGUGUUGGUGAGCUUGGGAAGAGCUUCGAGUUCAUGAUGCUGAAGCUGGCACAGCUUGAGACGCUGUGCGAGUUGCAGCAGGCUGAGCUCGAAACAUUGAGGAAGACGGUGAAAGGUCUUGCCGAACAUGUGGAUCACCCGGACAGCGUGGCAUCUUUGGUGCAGAAAGACGAGAAAGCCAGAAUGCAGGAGACCCAGCAAACCCUGAAGAGGGUGCUCGCCAAGCACGCUCAGCAGCACAAGAACAAGGACUUCCAUCCAAAGGCUUCUCGGCAAAACUACCGCCCCGCCGACGCCAAGCCAGAAUCCCCGAAACGUGCCACCGAAGCUGGGGCGAGUGACCGAGCCGAGCUGCUGGCAGGAGGAGCCCGGCAGUCGGGGAGCAAAGGCUCGCAGAGGAUUUUCGGUGAGGUCGCUCGCUGGGCCGGGGACCGCAUUGAGGAUGUCCAAAGCAUCGCUGAGAGCACAGCGGAUGCCUACUCGGCAGCCACUGACAAGGUGGCCUCCGCUUCUUCGGAUUUGCUUCAGGUGGCCUUCAUUGCCAAUACGGCGAUUGACACCGUGGAGAUGGCCGUGGCGAUCCUUCUGAAAGGCUUCAGCGAUUGGGGCGCCGACUGCGAGAUCAGCGGACCCAGCAUCAGGGACUACAUCGAAGAAUGUGAGAUUACGGGCUCCCGAGAGCAAAAGUUUGGCUGGUUCGGGACAAUCAGCGUCCCCAUAAUCGAGUGUAGACAAAGGAGUGUCCUGAUGGCGCUUGACUGGGGUCGGCAGAAGUGUAAGAUCAGCCUGAUGGGCCAAGAGAUUACGCUUUUCGACUUCAACUUUGGGUCCCUUGAAAUGACGUGGCCGGCUCCAAUUGAAACAGCUAUCGACAUCGGCACAGGGCUGAGCAACUGUGGUGAUGGCAACAUCUUCACGUGCCUGGGCAGCAAGAUCUUGAACCACAUCACGUGGCCCGACAAGUUGAAGAAGGUUGUCGAUGGCAACGUCCAGGAUCUGCUGCCCGAUAAACUGCAGAAGGUUGCUGAUGGCAAUGUCCAGGAUCUGCUGCCCGAUGAACUGAAGAAGGUUGCUGAUGGCAAUGUCCAGGAUCUGCUGCCCGACAAACUGAAGAAGGUUGCUGAUGGCAAUGUCCAGGAUCUGCUGCCCGAUGAACUGAAGAAGGUUGCUGAUGGCAAUGUCCAGGAUCUGCUGCCCGACAAACUGAAGAAGGUUGCUGAUGGCAACAUCCAGGAUCUGCUGCCCGAUAAACUGAAGAAGGUUGUCGAUGGCAAAGUCCAGGAUCUGCUGCCCUCGCAGAUGAAGAUUACUUUACCACAUCGGAUGGGAGCUGAAG